UGGUCCAUCACUAUUAUCUGACUUUCAACCAAGUUGACAGCACCUUUCUUUAUAAAUUGUGUUUUUUUCAGUCGCAAACGUAAAAACCGCUCUCAAUUUGUUUGAUUCGUGACAAACUGCUAAAUAAAACAAUCUAAAAUGUCUCGUCGCUCCAAUUUCAUUGAGGGCAACGACAAUUUUCGCGAGCAGAACUUGCGUUUUGUGCGGAACGAGUUUGAAGACAACAUCAACCAGUUCUUUGGAGGUGCAAAUCCUGGCGGCAAUGGACAGCAGAAGCCUCCGCCGAGGGACUCGCUAAUUGUUCAGCCGACCGCAGGAAACAGCGAGCUGGACAAUCGCCGCCAGUUCCUCCGGGAUCUGGGCGCCAGUCGGAUGUUGGCCAACGCCCUGGCGAAUCGUACCAUGAAGUUGCCCAACUUCAAUCUGCGCAACUUCCAACGGCAGCGAUAUCGUCUAAGCGUCGAACUGGGCGACAGUCGUCAGGACGUCGUGGACAAGGAGGUACUUCGAGCCAUCGAAGAAGUGCUGGAGAACCAGGACGAUGCCGAUUCACGUCCACGCACUCCAUCGCCGCCACGGAACAUCGAUUGGCACAGCAUCAGUCGUGAUAAUUCGCCGAUGAAGAAUGAUCGAUCGCGUCCGAGGAAUCGUCAAAAUGAGGACAACUUUCAAGGUCAGAGAAAACCAAUACAGGAACAAAUCAAUAGGAGUUCUGGGCCCAUAAAUGCUCCGGUCUAUAGAAACCAUAAUAUGAAUCGAAAUCAUCCUAACUCGAAUCCUGGGGAGUUCAAUCGAAAUGCAAAUUCUCAAGAAUUUAGUCACAAUAACAGGAAUGGUGAAUUCAAUCGCAACAACCGUAAUGGAAACCAGCAGGAUUUUAAUCGCAACAAUCGCACUCCGCAGGAGUUUAAUCGAAAUAAUCGUAAUCAAAACAAUGAAGAAUUCAACCGAAACAAACGUAAUGUAAAUCCUCCAGAAUUUGAUCGAAACCAUCGAAAUAUCGAUGAGUUUAAUCGGAAUUCGAAUCGUCAGGAGUUCAAUCGCUCCAACGGAAAUCCACAUCAGCAGGAGUUUAAUCGCCCUAAUAGAAAUUCCAAUGCACAAGAAUUUAAUCGUCCUAAUAGAAAUACGAACCCCCCGAAUUUAAUCGCAACAAUCGUAAUGUUCACAAUGCUGAGUUCUAAUCGCAAUGUCAACGAUGAAGGGUUUAAUCAAAAUAAUCGCUAUGCUAACAAUGAUAAAUUCAAUCCAAAUAAGCGUAAUGUGAAUCAGCAAGCACUCAACCGCAGUAAUCGGAAUUCGGAUGAAUUCAAUCAAAAUAGUUCACAAGGGCCCAAUCGUAACAAUCGUUAUGGAAAUCCACAACAUUUUAAUCGCAACCAGGAACAAAAUCUCAAUAACCAAAAUACGAAUAACAACAAUCGUGGUCAGCCACCAAACAUGAGAUAUAAUCCCUCAAAUUCAAAUACUCACCGCAUAGACAACAACCGAGGACCUGGUAAUCAGGACUUUGUGCCCAAUCAACAAACCAACUUUAAUCGAAAUGCGGUAAAUAACCAACGGGGCAACAUCGAUGACAGCGUUCAAAUGUCUAGAAAGCGAUUCCACUCGCCUGAGAACUAUCUAGAAGAACAGCAGGACUAUAUUGACGAGGACGUUCCUGAGGAGGAUGAGGAGUUUGUCAGAAACCCUGAACCACAAAUCGGUCGCAAUUAUCAACGGAUUGUCAACAACAAUCAAAUAACUCUUUGUCGCACUGAUUUGAUCGAAGUCGAUGAACUAAAUGAACGCAACUUUGAUGACAACUUCCAAGAUGAUGAUGAUGAUAGAAACCGUGCUGUUAUAAGCGAUGACCAUUUCCGAGGACCUGACCAGGAUAAUUUUAGAGGACGCGGUUUUAAUCGCAAUAAUUCAGACAAUUUUGAUCGAAACCCUAGGGGCAACCAACCUAUCCCCAGAGAUCAUAUCAACAAUGAUCGUAAUUCUUAUGGACGCGGUCGCAACGAUCGCAACUUUGACGACACUGGACGCCAGUUUGAUCACGAACUCGAUAAUGAAGACGUAAACGACGAUUUCAAUCAGCGAAACAACUAUUCGCGUGGCACCGACACCCGACGCCUUCCCCCAAGGGAAUCGGACACAUUCCGAGGCUCAAACAAAUCCCACUUUCCUCCGAAUCAGUAUCAACACACUGGUCGCGGAUCGGGUUCCGGAGAUGGUUACCGUGAUAAUUCGCAAUCCAACCGACCGAAUUUGCCACCUAGGAAUGCCAAGCCUGGUGGUCCAAAUCAAAGAAGAACUAAUGCAAGUCUAGAUCGAAAUGUGACCAGGAACUAUAGUCCAGGUAGAUCACAGCAGCGCAACUCGAGUCUAGAUCGAAACCCAAGGUCUAACAUCAAUCCUGGCGGGGCAAAUCAGCAUAGAUCCAAUUCCCUUACAACUCAGAAGCGCAUCACAUCCAAGAACCCAGAUCGACAAAAUACAAUUCAAGAUCGUCCCAAUGAAUCCAAACCGAAACCAAACCAAGUUCGUGAUGGCAAACCAAUCAUUCCAAGCGAAAAAAACAAGAAGACAGGUGUUACACCCAACAAUCGUGGAUCGAUACAAAGCAAAUCCAAUCAGUCGGCCAUCCAAGCUAAGAACACCACUCCUGGUGCACAGAAACCUGGUCAACAGUUAAACAAAGUCAAACCACGUGCUGGCCAGAAAAGAGAAGCGGAGACUGCAGGAAUAACUGCUCCGAAUAAGGCUAAGAAAGCAAACCCGAAACGCCAAAAGGUGGUAUCAGGUCGGAGCUUUAUUAUAGCCGGAAUUCGCCUGCCCUAUAUCAACAAUCAUCACAGGGAACUGCCGCAACCGGAGGAGGAGUCCUUAGCGGUGACUUUCUUCGAGCAGACACCCAUCUACAAUACAAACAUUUUUGCCAACAACGAUGGCGAUGUGGAUGAGGUGGAGGACGAAGACGACGCAUCUGAUACCGAAUCUCUUGACUCGAAUUCAAAUUCAAUUGUACAGAAGAGUAUGUUGCGCAUCCAGAUGCGCAGGGAGUGGGUUAAAAUCUACAAGAACAAUAACUACAAGGAUUGGCACAACUGGUGGAGGGACUACAAGUGGUGCGGCAGCGAGAUCAACAAGAAGCUUGAAAAGUUCGGCGACCGCAAUUUGCGCCACUGCUUCGUUCUAAAAUCCAAACCCUCCACAGAAGAUGUGGUCAGUGAGGUAUUCAAACAGGGGCACAUGGGCCUCGCAAAGAAUACGUUUAGUCACUACCGCAACAUGCGUUCGAUUUACCUCUUGAUGAACGAAACAUUCCUUGACAACUUGUCCGAAGAGCAAAUCGAACGAUUGCAGGACUUGAUCCGUUGCAUUCCAAACCACCUGUGGCUGUACAAGAUCCGCAGCAUGAUCUAUCUUUGGGACAGAUACCAUGGCAUUCUGAAGAGUCCGGCGCCGAAAAAUGCGCAGAAGGCGAAGGAAAUUGAAUCCAUUGCGCGGGAAUGGAAGAAUCCCGUCUUUCACUGGCUGGCCAAACAGGCUUUUGAUGAGCUCAAGGCAAUCAGCGAGAUCAACUGGCCGGAUCACAAAAAAAUUUAUCCUGGCCUAAAAUCAUAAUUUAAAGCGGAACACAAUACCCGAACAACUUUUAACUUUAUGUACACUAGAUUGUAUACGGAAUUAAAGCCAAAUAAAUCAUGUGUUUAGCUUCUGAAACGGA